UCACUCAUUCGAACCGCGUAGUUGACACGUGCGCGCGACUGAUUUGGUAUGUAACUCUAACCAUAGUUUUUUUCGUCUGCUUUCAACACACUGUAUAAAUCUGUGUUUGUUGAUACGAGCAAUUUUUAACGAAAAAAUGAGAACAAUACUCGAGCUUGGAAUACUUGCCUUGGUUGUGCAAAUAGGAUGUGUUACCGCUAAAGGAACAAAUUUUGUAACAUAUAACUCAGUGAUUAAAUUAAUGAACAUAGACUACAAUGUAAGACUGCAUUCACAUGAUAUUAAGUAUGGAACUGGAAGUGGACAACAAUCGGUUACAGCAAUAGAGACUAAAGAAGAUGGAAACUCAUAUUGGCUUGUUAAAGCACCUACUGGAAAGUCCUAUACUAGAGGAAAACCUGUGCAAUGUGGAGAUAUAAUCCGUUUGGAGCAUACAGCUACAAAGAAGAAUCUUCAUUCUCAUCUCGUAAGUUCUCCGUUGAGUGGAAAACAAGAAGUGUCAGCCUAUGGAAUUAAUUCAGAUGGUGACACAGGAGAUCAUUGGAUGGUAGUAUGUCCUGGUGACUAUUGGGAAAGGGAAGAGCCAAUUAUGUUGAAACAUAUAGACACAGAAGCGUACUUAACUGUAACAGGUCGAAAAUAUGGUUCUCCAAUCGUUGGUCAACAUGAGGUUGUUGGUGAAUAUUCAUCCAACAGUUAUUCACAAUGGCAAGCAAUGGAAGGUCUUUUUAUUCAUCCUAAUGAUUUCAAGAAACAGCAUUAUGAGCAUACAGAAUUAUAAUACUGACAACAGCUCCAUUCUCUCAUAUAAUAGCAUAUUUUUCAUACUUGUGUGAGAUAUUUUUUUCAGUAUGUUAUUUGUGUGAUUGCUAUAUGUAAAUACGUAUGUGCUAUAGAAAAAACGAUUGAUUAUUUAUAAAAUAUCAGUUUUAUCAGAGCAAACAACGAUUUUGUGAUGAGAUAGAUGACAUUAAUAAAUAGUAGGAAAAUCUGAUUUUUAAUGUUUCAUAGUGCAAUCAGUGGUUAAAUGCAUUUCAUGAUUUGUAAUGAAUUUUCCAAGGAAAUAUACUUCUAUUUAAUAAUAGUUUGAUAUCAGUUCAUUACAAUACAAUAAAGAAAAUCAUGACAAAUGCAUAAAUUAAUUCUUUUUUUCAAUUCAACAUUAUAAAUAAUAAACA